AUGGGUUUGUUUGCUUGUUUUGCGAGAUGGAUGGAUACAUUGAGUUUGAACAAUGAUGAUGACUACGCGAGUGACAAUGGGGAUUCAGAACAGGAAAUGGAUGAGAACAAUCCUGUGGUGGACGAGUCUCUGAUGAGUACAGCCGAGGUGAAAGGUUAUCUCUGUCUUAUUGCCCACUAUGUCGACGCUGAGUGGAACCUUAGAGCUAAGAUCCUCUCCUUUUGCGCUUUCCCUCCACCCCAUUCUGGUCCGGCCAUUGCCAUGAAGCUAAUGGAGCUGAUUAAAGAAUGGGGUUUGCAGAAGAAGGUCUUCACAUGUGCUGCUCACAUUCUGAAUCUCAUUGUCCAAGACGGAUUAUCGGUGAUAAGUGACGCCUUGGAGAAGAUCAGAGACAACAUUAAGUAUGUCAAGGUCAGUGAGUCUAGAGAGUUGUUGUUUCUAGGCUGUGUGAAGACUCUUGGGAUUGUUAAGAAAUGCGGUUUGGUUUUGGAUGUCACUACGCGGUGGAACUCAACCUAUCUGAUGCUAUCUAGGGUUCUUCACUACAAAGAGGCGUUUAAGAAUCUUGCAGAAAUCGAAGCAAGUUACAAGAGCUUACCUACAGAGUCUGAGUGGUUAAGAGCUAGGCUGAUUUGUGAUUUGUUACAGCUGUUUGAUGAGAUGACAAGGCUCAUUUCCGGCUCUUCUUACCCUACCGCGAAUCUGUACUUCAUGGAAGUAUGGAAAAUUCAAAGUUGGUUGGGUUCAAAUGAGUUCCAUGAAGAUACGGUGAUUGCUGAUAUGGUGGCUUCCAUGAGGUUGAAGUUUGUUAAGUACUGGGAAGAGUACAGCGACAUUUUAGCCAUUGCAGCAGUGUUAGAUCCUAGGCUAAAGUUCAAGGUUUUGGAGUACUGCUACCACAGUUCAGAUCCAGCAACUUGUAAAUCCCGAAUGGAUUACAUACGCAAAAGGAUGUUGAAGCUGUAUGGAGAUUACAAGAAGAAUACUGGUGGCUUCUAUGAGUUCUUCUCUCAACAAGCAGGAACAAUGAAAUCUGCUUUGGAUUUGUAUCUGAGUGAACAUGUGCUUGAUAUGGUUGCAAAUCAAAAGUUAGAUGUCAUCAAGUAUUGGAAGAACAAUUCAAACCGGUUUAGGGAGCUAUCUCGAAUGGCAUCUGGAUGCGAUUUAGAUGAGGAAUGUAAGGAAUAUGCCAAUGAGGAAGCAGAAGGAAGUGGAAGGAAGAAGAAGACCCGACUCAACUAA